AUGACCGUGAUCCUUUCGCGGACCAAGGGCCGGGGCGCCUCCAUCGGGCUCUGCCGGGCGCUCCGGCGGUCAGCCGCCCUUGUGCUGGCCGCCAACCUGUACCCAGCGUGGCGAUGGCUGCCCUCUGAGUGGGACGCGGCCGACGCGGCCUCGCGCGGGCGCCGGAGCACCUGCGCUGGAGGCUGGAGCCCGGGGGCCGCGCCUGCGCCGCCGCCUGACCGAGCGGGCACCCAGCAAGCGGACGCUUUCCCCUCGGCGAGCCGCCCUGCCCUGAGGUCGAGGACCACGUUUUGGGGGGGCGGCGUCGACGACGGCCACGACGAGCUCGCCAGGGACCUACGCUUCCACGGACGCGCUCGCGUGGUCCGCGAGGCUGGGCUCGGGCGAGCGUCGCGCGGUGCGGCCCGCCAGGCUGCCCACCCGCUGGCGCCGCGGCCGAGGGCCGCCCAGCGCCGACGGACCGCGCUGGAGCGUCGGUCUGCGUCCGCGCGGCAGGAGAGCGAGCACCGGGACCAGUGCGACAGGUUCCCGGCUUGGGCAAAGCAGCAGCGGCUCAGGACGAGCCGCCUGGACGAUCUGGAGGUGACGUUGGUGGAGAUGCUGAAUCAGAUGUUCUACGACGGCUGGAGGUCGAACACGGCGUCCAAGAUGGCGGCUGCGGUGGCGUACUUCCGCCCAGAGGCUGGGCCCGGCUGCUCGAGCCUGGCGCGAGUGCAGCUGGCCCGCCGGGGCUUCUCCCGCCUCGACCCGCCGCAGGCCAGGCUGCCGCUGCCGCGGGCUGCGGCCUGCCUGGUGGCGCGGCGGCUGGCGCAGGACGGGAGACCCAAGUGGAGCGUGAUCCUCCACCGCCAGGAGCUCGCCAUCACCUCGAAGACGGGCGCCCGCGACGAGACGGUGCUCGUCGACAACGUGGAGGAGUUCGCGCUCCUGGAGAGACUCCUCGCCCGGCUUCGCGGCAACGGCGGCGUGCAGCUCGUGUUCCCCUUCAGCUACCGCGAGUGGGCGAAGGGCUUCGAGGCGGCCGCGACCGCCGUGGGCCUGGUCGGGGACUCGCUGCCGGUGCUCUACAUGCUGAGGCACGGCGGGGCCUCCCACGACGCCAUGACGGGCGCGCGGGGGCUCCGCGACAUGCGGGGCCGAGGUCGGUGGAUGACCGAGCGGUCCGUAGUCAGGUACAAGAAAGGAGGGCGGGUCAACCAGCUACUCCAGGGCCUGCCCGAGGCGGCGCGCCGCGCCGCCGACAGUGCCGUGCAGAAUGUUUCCGCGUGUCUCCUACGGCCGCGACGCCCCUAG